UAAAAUGUGAAGAACAUGAUGUAAAUCUGCCGCUGAGUGAACACAAUGAACCUUGGUUUAUGCGUUUAAAUUCAUCUGGAGAAGUACCCGUCCUAAUCCAUGGGGAAAAUAUUAUUUGUGAGGCAACACAGAUUAUUGAUUAUCUUGAAGCAACAUUUGUAGAUGAGGAAGUGCCAAGGUUAAUGCCAGAAGAAGGGAGUAUGUAUUAUCCCAGGGUGCAACACUACAGAGAGCUUUUAGACUCCUUGCCUAUGGAUGCCUACACUCAUGGCUGCAUCCUACACCCUGAAUUAACAGUGGAUUCCAUGAUUCCAGCCUAUGCUACAACCAGAAUUCGUAGCCAAAUAAGUAAUACAGAAUCAGAAUUGAAGAAACUUGCAGAAGAAAAUCCAGACCUUCAAGAUGCCUAUAUAGCAAAACAGAAACGCCUUAAAUCUAAACUGCUGGAUCAUGAUAAUAUAAAAUACCUAAAGAAAAUACUGGAUGAACUGGAAAAAGUCUUGGAUCAGGUUGAGACUGAACUGCAGAGGCGAAAUGAGGAAACACCAGAAGAUGGAAAUCAACCUUGGCUCUGUGGUGAGUUCUUCAGCUUGGCAGAUGUAUCACUUGCUGUCACUUUACAUCGCUUGAAAUUUCUGGGAUUAGCAAGAAGAAACUGGGGAAACGGAAAACGACCCAACUUGGAAGCCUAUUAUGAGCGUGUCCUGAAGAGAAAAGCGUUUUACAAAGUUUUAGGACAUGUCAACAAUAUAUUAAUCUCAGCAGUUUUGCCAACUGCAUUCCGUGUGGCCAAGAAAAGAGCACCCAGAGUUCUAGGCACCACCCUGUUGGUUGGCAUGCUAGCAGGAAUGGGUUAUUUUGCUUUCAUGUGUCUUCGGAAGAGGUUUGCCAACAUGAUGUUAUCGAUUAGGACCAGACAGAAUUAUUUUUAGACUUGUCUGUCCCUGGUGGUAGGUGGAGGUCAUUUCUAGCCACCAUGAAAAUAUGAAAAAUAAGCAUAUAAGUAAGGUUAUGUCUGUGAAUUAUAACCCUGUCACACAGUGAUUGUCUCCUGCUUUUGAGUAAUUGGAUUGGUGAUGCUGAUAUGUUUGUGGAAAAUAGUUGUUGAGGGGACAACAAGGAAAGAAGAUACUUUCUUUUCAAAUGAGGAGCUAUAAGGGCUGUGACAGUAUUUUGUUAAAGUGAUUAUUGUUUCUGUCUCCUGUACUCAAUACCUGACCUAAUUUUAAUGUUUUUAUUUAAUAGAUACUUUUGUUGCAAUGUGGCAGCUUUUCACUGUGGGUGAAAUGUGUUACUGUGUAGAAACCAGCACUGUUGAAUCACUGAAAGCAGCACUUAAGCUUAAAUGCUCAGAGAGGGAUGUAGGUGGGACAUAGGCUUUGCACUUGUCACAUAUAUGGGAGCGAGUGUCUCUGUAUUGAUUAAUUGAUUAAUGUCUGUUGAUUUGCAGUUGGACCAUUAUGAAUGUAUUAAAAAGUAGCUCUGUAGAGCUACUUUUUCACCCUAUGUUCAUGCAGUAGUAGAAGAAGAGGCCUGAAACACACGUAAAUAUCAGUGAUUAAUGAGCCAAGUGAGUGAAAUUCUGAAAAAAAAAGGGCAAUUGAUAGAUUUUGAACUUCUGUUGGUUUACAAAUGGGGGUAAAAGACCUGAUUCUUGUCUUUUGGAAAUCUUUUGGAUAGUCUGUGGCCCACUCAGAUAACCAGUUCAGCCACAAACACUGGCUGGUUUGUAACAAAGUCAAUGCCCCUUUCCUGCUUUCACUGUCUUCAGCUCCUUGUGUUGCAGCUGUGGUGGCUUAGUACAGUUGUCUCCAUAUUAAGUGUCCCAUAUACUCAUCCUUGUUUCUGCUAUGAGCACUGGCUCUUUUUUGUGCACAACUUAGAAAUGUUAGCAAUUGCAUGUGCCUCUACGAAAUGUUUGCCCACAUUGUGCCACAGACAGUUAGAAAAUGUAUGCACAAAAAUGCCUUUUGUGAAAUCAGUUUAAAACAGUUUGCUGUUUUAAUCUGGUUAAAUGGACUAGAUUGAAGGUGAAACAGCUACUUAGCAGAGUCUGUUUACUGAUGGCCAGGUGUCAUAAUGGCGAAAACAAGUGAAAAACAUAGGGCGGGUUGGAGACAGAAGAUAAGUAGUACAGAUUUUUUUUUUCUUUUGAAAGCCAUAAGCUCACAGCUUGUAGGAAAAAUAUAUAAAGCACUUUGAUACUUUCUACUAUUCAGCAGAUGAUGAGUUUUAUUACUGUGUUUGAACUUAAUCCUGUUUCAAUGAGAGAGGCACAUUUACCUGGAAGUAGAC